AUGGAUGGAGAAUGGUCUAAAACAAGAGGUGACGAUUCCAAACGGUUUCUUCUCUAUGACAACGGCCCUGAUACUGAAAGCUGCAUCACCGUGUUUGCUACUGAUGACCACCUCAAAGUAUUAUCUAAUGCUGACGUAUGGCUGAUGGACGGAUGCUUUAAAAUGGCUCCACCAGGCUUCCUACAAUAUGUCAUCCAUGCACCAAUAGGUGAAGUUUCUGUGCCACUUGUCUAUGCAUUUCUCCAAAGAAAAUCACAAGAAACAUACGAGGAGCUGCUCAAUGCCAUCACAAAUAACUGUGACAUACUAGGAUAUCCAGUUGAUCCUGCUAAAAUAAAGUUGGACUUUGAAUUUAGUGCUAUUCAAGCUGUCAGAUUAGUACUAGGAGAUGGAGUUGACAUAGAAGGCUGUUUUUACCACCUGACACAGUCAACAUGGCGCAAAAUCCAAGAACUCGGUAUUGUUAACCACUAUCGUACAGACCCGACCUUCAAGCAUUUCUGUGGGAUGCUUGACGGAUUGGCAUUCUUACAGUUGAUGAUGUUAGGGAAGGCUUUGAACUUUUGCGUGAUACUGCACCAGCAGUUGCAGAAGAGUUGCUAAGUUAC